CCGUGCAGGUUGAAUGCGCUCUGUGCUUUAUUAUUGCAGCCUGCAAGCUAGGCUCGGUUUGUUGUUGUGAAUGUAUGGGUGUGCUUUUUAAAUGGAAUAGAAAUGAAGUGACAGUGACAUCGGGACGGACGGGACAACGUUUCAUUUCCUUUGGCAGCAUAGGGAGACCUAAAAAACUGCCAAAGUAUGGAUGCCUGUGUUCGAGUCCGUGGUGUUCCUGUAAAGGCAAGGUCUUCUGUGAGAAAAGAGAUCAUCUCUGAAAACUCAUUUCAGUCUACAAAAACUUUGUUGAAAAGCAGGAAAGAAUUGUGCAGUGUUGUAUUUGAGGACCACCAGAAGGACCCUGUGUGUAUGUUUGAGAUUAAUUUUGUGAGUGUGCCAAAUUCAUGUGGAGAAGUAGAUGUUUUCACACAAGCCCAAUCUACAUUAUCAACUGAUAUUUGUGACUUGCUGAGAUCAUUAAAUAUUCAAACACUCAAGGAGGAAGAAGUGUUGCUCAUAAAAGAUGUGAAGAAAAAUAUAGGCAAAACGUCUACUUCUCAGCCCCAGUGGUCAAAGGCUGUUUGUGUCUUGAAAUACUCCCCUAUGCUGCAGAGUAAUAAAGAAAAUACUGUGUUUAAUCUGCUCUGCAAGUACAUUAAUGGAAUAAGGUUUGCAUUGGAGUUGCAUUCCUUACUCAAAAAUCAUUCUGAUCAUUGCCAAGGAGAUGAUGAUGAUACUAACCAGUCUGUGUCGUCAAUUGAAGAUGACUUUGUCACAGCAUUUGAGCACUUGGAAGAAGAAGAAGACAUUAGCUCCGACAAUAAUGCUACGAUUUACAACAGCCAAUCAAAGCUGCGUGACGUCGGCUCACAGACAAUGUCAUCUCAGUGCACUGAUACAUCCGGUUCAAAGAUCAUCAUGAGCUCUUGCCAAAGGAAGUUAUCAUCUAAAUUUAGCACUUUGUUUCCAGAUGCAUCUUCUUCUAUGAAGGAUUCAAUUAAAACAACAGAUGAAUGUACAGGGAGUCCACAAACCUAUUGCAGAACUUACAGCCCCCAGAAAAUUCAAAAUGACUUUAAGCAGAGAAGUAUUACCUCCAUUUCCUUGACAGAGUCAGAUGAAUCUGAAUGUUCAAGCCCUAGUCCAAUUAUCUUUUUAGAUGAAGAAGGAUACCAGAGAAGCCUAGAAGCUAAAAUUGAAAUCCCAAAGUUACCAGUCCUUAAAGAUGGAGUUGAGGACUCUGAUUCAGAACUGAGUGAAUUUUUUGAUAGCUUUGAUCAGUUUGAUGAAUUGGAUCAUCUUUCAGAAAAAAAUCAAAAACCCCUGGUAGAAAAGACCACCUGCAGUCAAACACAGAAAAGAAAAAUGGCUACUCAGGGCUGUUGUGCCACUGCUGCAAUGAACCCCCAUAGAUUUGAUCAUUCCAUUCUUCCUGCAAAUGUCAAAAAACCCACACCUCUAAAACCAGACUCACCCUACAGUAUAAUAUCUGAUGGACCAGAUUCUCCUUGGCCAGUUAAGACUUCAGGAGAAGACCCGGGAGCAUUGUUCAGUCCAAUUCGUUCUUCUGCUUUCAGUCCUCUGAGCAAUUGUAGUGCUGCUGAUUCUUUCUGUAAAACAAAUGAAGAACAUUCAGAAAUAAAGAAGCCUCAAGAGCUCUGUGCACUUUAUAAAACAUACUCUGAUUAUGCAAGCAGCAUUUCUCAUGACAUUAUGAGUUCAGUUUUUGGGUAUAAUUCCUCAGCAGACAUGAACGUGAAUAAAAACUUAAGUUGUGUUUGUCACAUGAAAUUUAAAAAUAGUGAUGGACAUUUUAUGAAACUAGCAGAUUUUCAACCGACAGAUAGUAUUACAAAACUAAAAUAUACAUCACAAACAUUUAAAGAUGGAAUUCAAAAGUUUGCUACUGACCUAGUUGAAAAAAGCAUUGGAAGUGCCUUUAAAGAUUUACAAAAAGGAGUCUCAUCUUGUACGAGUAAGCUUUGUCAUCUUGCUGCAAGACUUACUACUUCAGUAUUUCAAAUGGCCUUUCACGAGAUUGGAAUGAGACAUGCUUAUGUACUGAAAGAAAGGGCUAUAAAUGGCUUAGCAAGUUUUCUUGUAGGAGAAGCUUUGUCAGGAGCUCUCAAAGAAUUUUGCUUUAUUAAGAAACAGAUUUUCAACAACACAGUUGCCCGGUUUGCUGCAGAUUUAGCAGAAGAAUUGGUUUUUGAAGGAAUCAUGGAAGUAUGCCAGUUUUCACACCCACCCACACCCUCUUCUCCAAAACACUGGUCUUUUGAGGAAGAGGAGAAAGUAGUCUUGUCUUAUGCCAAUGACUUAUCUGAGUCUGUACUCCAAGAGGCUUUUAUUGAGCUGUCUCAAGCAGAUGUCACAUUUACAACUCAAGCUGCCAUCAGUGUUUCUUUAGAUAAUAUUCGAUAUGUUAGAGCAGAAAGUGCAGCACAAGCCACAAACACCUGUAAUACAUCAUCAAAUCAUUUUGGAUUACAGCACACAUCAGAUCAAUUUCAGACAUCUGUUCAUCUUGGAUUACUUUGUGCAUCGGGUGUUGCAAGUUGUGCUCCUCUACCUAUUGCUGGAAAAAUAAUUUCUGACAACAAGGCGUUAACUGAAAUUGGAACACCUAAAUCAUAUAGUUGCUAUUCUGAAGUCCGAGAGAAAGCAAAUGAAGCUCCUAAGAACAGAAGUAACACUGCCUUUCAAGAACAUAGGUCGCCAGUUGGAAAUGGCUACCACAUUCAAGGGACUGAUCCAUUUUUACCAAGUGCCACAUAUACAUUUGAACAUAAAUUAGAUUUGAGCAACAAAAAAGAUAAAGUGGAACACAAAUCUUCUGAGACAGCAUCCGGAAGAGGGAACUGCCCAGGAGCUAUGGUAGACUUAGUGGUUAAUGAAGCAUUUGAGUUAGUGGCUUCUUCCAAAGUAAAGAAAACUAUGGAAGAAUGUGCUGAAUAUGUGGGCAGGAAAAUAAUUGAUAAAAUGCCUUCCGUCAAACAGUUAACAUCUCAAACUCCGUAUCCAGAGAAUUUAACACAACCAGUAUUCAGACAUACUCAUGAGAAAGUCAAACCCACGGUUUCCAACCCUUACCUUGACCAGAUUGCACUGUCAGUGACUGAACAGGAUGUAGCAUCUCCAAUGGAGGUGAAAAAUUUUAAGUGUAUAAAAUCACUAGGCCAUUGCAAUACUAGCAUCUCAUGCAAUCCAGAUUGCCCUGGACAAAACAAAGAUUACACAGAUGAUGUAUCCAAUUGCAUAUUACUGCAUGGUAAUAAUGAAAUCAGAAGGUCUGACCGAAAAAUGUUAAGUUUCAGGAGUACUGGUCUACCAAGUUGUCUAAAAGAAUCACUGAACAGAGAGCGCAGAAAUGAGGACACUCAGGGCAUCCAAGACUUAAGAAACACAUUAGAAAUUCCAGGUUGUGAGGCAUCCGUACCAUCUUCAAGUAACUACUCUAAUAUGAAGGUAAUGUUUGGUAUGGAUUGUAUUGAAAGGAGCUUCACAGGAUCCCCAGGCACUCCUCCAUCAACUCCUCAGCAGCCUCAGCACAUAUGCCAGAAUAAAAAGAUUAAACAGUUCUCAAAGCAACUGAAAGGAAAGUUAGCCAAAGAGUUUUCUCCUGCUCCACCUCCAUCAACACCGCACAGUCAGUCAGAUGUUUGUGGAACAGAAAUGAGCCCUGAAACUGAGAAGACAGAUUUUAUGUUACGACUGAUGCGAUCGCUUUCUGAUGAGCUAGAAGGCAGUGAAGAUGAGGAAGAUGAAGAAAAUCAAUCUGUUAUUCAUGUGGUGAAGCCUGGUAAAGAUAAUACGACUACUAUGGAGUCAGAUGUUGAUAAAGGUGCUGUGUCCUAUGCAGACCGUUUAGCUUGUCACAUAGUUUCUAUGGCAACUGGAAUGUCUACUCUCUGCAAAGAUGAAAGAAACAUUGAUGAAAGCAGAGCUAGAUCUUUAUGUAAUCCAUUUGUGGGGCAGUUCCCUGAGCAUUCCUUAAAUUCAUUGUGGACAUAUGCCGGUGAAAUUGCAGGAGAAGUAAUUAGUGAUGUGAAGAAAAUGAUAAGCUUGAAUCAAUGUAGACGUAAACCUUUAAAAAGACAUGACGAUAUUCUGUCAUACUGUUCUCAGCAAGACAGUAAAAAGAAAAAACAUGAACAUGAAAGAAUAUAUGGCUUGGCUGAAAGAACUUCUAAUGAAGUCCUGUCAUCAGUACUUGGCUUUUCUAGUUCUAGUGACAGGAGUGACUUUGUAUCCAAAUGCCCAAGUUAUGAAAGUGUGUCUGAUGAGUACGCUGGGCAUGUCAUUAAGGUGUUGAAGCGAGAAGAUGAGAACAGUGAACUAGUGUUGGAUCAGUAUGCUAGUAAACUUGCUUAUAGAUCCGUCAAGUCUGGUUUAGCUCAAGCUGCCAGAAAAAUUAAGCAGAGAUGUAACUUGAGGUUAUAUUCAACAAGAAGGCCACCGUUUGAAAGUAGAAAUGAAUUGUUAAGAUUUCUUACAGUUGAACAUAACCAAAGCAUGAAAAUAAAUGGAAAAGUAAACAGUGACCAGGAUUCCCAUCUUUGCACAUGUCGUCCUACUGAGGAAAUGAGCUCAACAGAACAUAUGAAAUUACUUGCAUAUGCAGAGUCUUUGGCAUACAGUAUUACAUAUGAUGUUACAAGAAAAUUGCGAUCAUCCUCACUAAGAUUGCCAAAGUCUCUUACAGAUUCUUGCCUGUAUAAAAAGUCUAAAUUAGAAGGUAUAGCAGAAAACUUUAUUAAAACAAAUUUCUCUUGCUCACUUUUACCUUACAAGCCAAAAAACAAACAGUAUCACAGUACGGGAAGUUUAAAUGAUUGUCAUUAUAGUGAUAGUGUUAUUCAAGUCAUUGAGCAUUAUGCUAGGAAAAUAGUGGAUGAUACAUUAGAAAUGACUAUUUCUACAGAAGACAGAAGGAAAACUGAUAGUCAAACAGAUGCUAAAAGUGUAUCUGAAACUUCUUUAAAGACUGCUUUAGUUCACAAUACCAGUGGAUAUUGUACACACAAAGAACAUCCAUUCUAUUUUGGGACCAAUAGCAACCAUAGGGCAGCACAAAUAGUGCAACAGGUUUCAAAAGAGAACAAGCAAGAUUGUGACCAAAAAUCUGAACCCUGCUGCAGUAAAACAAAUGGAUGUGGGUAUGGUAUUCCUAAAAUUCAUAUUGACCUGGAACAAAAGUCUCUUUUUGCUGAGCAAAUAGUAUCAUCUGCUAUUGAGAAAGCUAAAAGAGAAACUAGUAGCACUAGUCUCAAUGCAGACAGUGGAAUCGUACAUGAUGGUGCAAGCUUUGCUGAGAGUAUCACCACAGAGAUAAUGACUUCUGCAAUGCUGAACGCCUGCCAAACAAUUCAUAUUAGUGCUCCUGGGAAAGAGGGUCUACCUGUUUCAGAGUCCAGUGUGAGCCAUCAGCCCAGUCUGAGUGUUGGGGAUGACAGUACUGGUAGCUGGUCCAACUUGAGCUUUGAAGAUGAACACGCAGAUGAAAGCAGUAGUUUUCUACACAUGAGUGACAGUAAUGGUAACAGCAGUAGCUGGAGCAGUCUUGGGUUAGAAGGAGAUAUUUAUGAGGAAAGUUUAUCCUUUUCACCAUCAGACAGUGAGGGAACAGAAGAUAAGGAAACGGAAUCUAAAGACAUCUUGGAAGGUGGAUUAGGACUAACUCGAAAAGGAAUAUUGUUACUUAACACUGAAAUAAAGAGCCAUGAAGUGGAGCCUCAGCUGCGGACAGUGCUUCAGUGGGUUGCCGCAUCUCAUUCAGAAAUGCCUGUUUUGCAAUUUGCACAGCCUGCAGAGAAAGAACUUUGUCUGCUUCCAUUUGUUCUGAAGAGAGCAAAAGAUAAGAACUGGAAGGUGGGAGAUUUGUUGCAAGCGGUUUUGAGAUACUAUGAACACGUGGAGUUGGAAGGAGAGACUAAUUCCCCCAAGCCAUUAUUUGAAUGGCUUCUAAAUUACACGUAAAUGCAUACGGACAGUUGGUUAAAUGUUUAUCUAAAAAAAGAUUAGAAUGAUUAUCAACAGUUAUGUGAAACAGGCUUUUUCUCUCAUAACAAAAAUCAAAAUUAAAGGUUUGUGUUAGAUUCUUUACUGAAAAUACUAAAUUUCAGGUCAAUCAAAAUGAAGAAAGUUACUUUUUUCCAAAUGUAAAUGUUACAUUUGCUUAGUUUGUUGAUGCAGUUGUGAUUGACCUGGCUUUGUCGCACCAGAUCAUCAGUCCUCUCAAUCCACUGCAGCUUUGCUUUUUGCUCAGUGUUUUUUGUGUUUGUGGCCAUGCUUCUCAGCUCCUGCACAAAGUAUAAGAUACUAUGUAGCAGAUGCAGUAUAUUUUUUCAGAUAUUGUAUUUUUUGCAUUAGUCCUCAUUUGUGCCGUUGAGGUCCACACAGUAUGUUUAGUGUGCUGUUGGAAAAAGUGAGAGACAAUGCAUUACUGUUUUUCAAUGGGGAAAUUCCCUUGGCAUAGCUUUCUAUGAAGUCAUUCUCAUUCUGUCUAUGAAAGGCCUCCUGUUGAUAUUCUGUAUUGGUAAAAGUCAGUCUGAGACAUAUCUGCAGUAGAUUUUGGUAACUAAAAGAUAUAGCUAUGCCAUACUUACCGGUAUUUCAGUUUUUAUUUGUAUAGGAUCAUGAUGGAAAAAACAAUCAACCUUUUUAUAAGCAUACAUGCUUAGUUCAACAAAUCUUUCAGAAAAAAAAUGUAAUUGCAGUGUAAGUUUAGGUAAAUUGGACUAAUCUGUGUUAAACUUUGCAAGGGAAAGCCUUUCUAAAAGAAUGAAUGGCUUGGUCUCUCUCCAUUAUUGCAUUAAUUUGAAAAAAUCUGCGAGAGUAUAUAACACAGUGUGUGAAACUGCAGUCCAGGGUAUUUUUAUCAGCGUAUGUCUCAGAGAUUUUGAAAUGCAGCCAGCAUAGAUUUCCUACUUUAAUUGCAUCAGACCAGAAGUGGGAUCUGGUGACGCACAAGUAGUAAUUAUUCCUGUGAGACAUCACUUGUGUCUAAACCUUGCUUAACCACAAAGUAUUCAUGUUAUCACAGAGUUUUGAGUGAGUGACACUAAUACUUUUACAUUUAAAUUGUUAAUUGUUUAAAACACUAUUUCCUGUCUUGAUUCAUGUGUUAACAAUAAUAUGGACACAUAAUAAUGGAUUACCUUGGGAUUUUGUCUGCUCUAGAUGUCUUGUCAACACUAGCAAUUUAUAGUAACAGCAUUUUUUGGAGCUGGACACUAAUUUCAGUUUUAAAAAUUAGCAUUUUAAACUUUUAAAAUAUGGUUUCAGCCCUUUUAUCAAAUUACUGAAUACAGUAUAUGUAGAUACCAAUUUUUGCAAUCCACAGAAUUGCUGCUUAAUUUGUCUACUAAAUCCUAGUAUAUUUACUAGGUCACCCCUAAUCAGAUGUCAGUAAAUUGUUCUUCCAACAAAAAAAAAAAAGUGUUUAAAGGAUUUUAAAAAAUCAUGUCCAAACAAACUGCUAGAUCCAUCGGCCCUAACUUCAAGAUUUUUAUAAAGUUAUAUGAAGAGUUUGCUGACCCACACAGUGCACUGAAACAAAAACGACCAAGUUGUUAAUUCUUGCCAAAAUCAGAAAGUUCUAACUCUCAGACAAAACACAAUUUCCCACAAAUAAAAUGUUAGAGUUAAGUACUUGCACUUACACAGUGCCUUUCUCUUCCCCAGCAAUGGACCCAAUUUCCCAAUUCCUUUUUAGUAGUCCGGUGUGUGGCACAUGGUAUGGGGAUCAAUUGUGUCAAUGCCAUCUCAAAGCUAAUCUUAAAAUAAAGUAUUCGGGGAUUUACUAAUCAAUGUAAGAUUGCAUUUGAGUGAAACCAAUUGUGGCUAUUUCUAAGUUAAUAAAAGUUGAUGUAUUUUGUAUUUUUGAACUGUUAAUUAAAAUUAAGAUGAAUAAUAAAUCAUCUUAGAAUCAGCAGCAUCUGAAAGUGCCAUAUUUUAUGGUGUAUCAUAAGCUUUGAAACAAAAAGAUGUGUUGUAUUUAAGGAAAGGCAGAAACUGAGUAAAAUUAAUGUAAAAGCAGUAGCAGCACGUUAAAAAUUCUUUACCGUCAAUCUUGGAUUCUCUUCCCCAGUGCAAUUUAAAUACUAAAACUAUGAAUAUAUUGAGAUAUUGUUGUACAGGAUUGAUAAUCACCAGUACAGCAGGCAACUAUUCAAGUCUGAAUGCCAUAACAGUUUGUAUUUCACAUGACACAAGUUUGCACUCCAGUGUUGUUAGGGUUCAAAAUAAUGAAAGUUAAUAUUAUGCCUUUCAUAUUUAGCACUAUACCAUAUGAAAUAUACACAGGAGAGUUAAAAGGUGACAUAUCUGGUGCUGAAUGGAAAACUGUACUUCAGACCUAAGGUGUGAUUCUCUGAUGAGUUGGAACACGAAGUUUAUGGCUAUUUCUCAAAUUAUAGUCACUUUAUUUUGUGUACAUUCCUCUCUUUAUAAAUGGCCACACAUUUUGUGUUUAAUAACUGAAUGUGUAAUGGUAAAUGACUUGCUAAUUUAAUAACUGUAUCAAGUUAAUUAAUAGUACAUUGUUAUCUUCUUGAUGUCAACAGUUGUAGUUUAUAUAAUAUUUAUGUUGACUGCUGUAUUUUUUCUGCAAAUUGCAUAAUUAUGCCAAAAAAGCAAUGGAGUUAUGUAACUUAUGAAGAUUAAUGAAUUUGUCUAGUGAUGCAAGCGGCAUAACUGGUGUCCAGAUUUUAAGCUCGCACUCGCACUACAUUGGUCAUUUUUUGUUUUGUGAUGGCUGCAAAUAAAGAGAUUUUUUUUCUCUC